CUCCUACCCUUCACACGACGCUUGGCUGCCGUGUCGCGAUCGAGCUGCUUGCCUGCAGUCUCUCUUCACCACCCACCCUCACACCCCCCAAAAGCUACUUAAACGGGACCCUAUUCGACAUCCUCCUGCAAACCCUCCUCCUUGCAUUCAUCGCUCACGACGCUUUCUGACCAACCACAUACCCACACCCACACCCACACCCACACCACUCUGGGAUUCACACCGCAAACAUGUCCUUUGACGCGUGCACACAAGUCUCGCCCGACUGUCCCGUAUCCGCAUCGACCAACGGCUAUGCGCCAAACUUUGGCGGCAACCUCUUCUUCGCCAUCGUCUUUGGUCUCUGCCUCAUCCUGCAAUUCAUCCUCGGCAUCAAGUACCGCACCUGGACAUGGUGGGCCGCCAUGGUCAGCGGAUUGGUGUUGGAGUUGGCUGGCUACAUUGGCAGAUUGUUGCAGCACAACAACGUUUGGGAUGCCAACGCCUUCAAAUUGCAGCUCGUCACCCUCAUCCUCGGCCCUUCCUUCUUGUCCGGCAGCAUCGACUUGACGCUCAAGCACAUCGUCAUCGUCUUUGGCAAGCAGUACAGCCACAUCAAACCCGCACUCUACACUUGGCUCUUUGUCGGUCUAGACUUUUUCAGCAUCAUGAUCCAAGCUGCAGGCGGUGGCUUGGCAUCCGGCGCCACGUCCGACGGCAAGAACGACGUGCAGCAGCUCAAUACGGGCAACCACAUGAUCCUUGCGGGUAUCGCCAUUCAAGUCCUUCAAUUGGUCCUCUUUGGCAUCGUCACUGCAGACUACGUUCGUCGCCUCUGGCAAGCCAAGAAGCGAGGAGGCGAGACGCUGAGCAAGGAAGCCCAAGCGUAUCUUGCCGAUUGGAAGUUUAGAGGAUUCUGCGCUGCCAUCAUCAUUGGAUACUUUGGCAUCCUCAUCCGCUGCAUCUACAGAUUGCCUGAAAUGGCCGACGGUUGGGGCAACGGCUUGCAGAGGAAUGAGCCCUCCUUUCUCGUUCUGGAUGGCGGCAUGGUCGCCAUGGCAUCCAUCGUGCUCACCGCAUUCCACCCUGGAUACUCGUUCAUUCAGCUAUCCAACGGCUACCGCAAAAGGGCUGCUCGGGAGGCGCACGAGGAUCGCGAAAAGGUGGCAGGUGCGCCCGACACGCUCGCUUCAUCCAGCCGCUCCACCAGCUGGAAUCCAUAGGCUGGCUGGCCCCCCUUUUGGGGGCAUGCAAACAUCGUCCCCGCUCGCAUUCGUCUCCUCUCAUUUGUACAUAGCAUACACGCACGCGCACGCACGCAUAGACAAUAAUUUGUACAUGGCAAUAUUCUCGCGCACGCACGCAUAGACAAUAAUUUGUACAUGGCAAUAAUAUUCUCGGGCUCCU